AUGGGCCUCGGCCCGGCUAGCCGCCGAGCUGGCCGGCCCACCCGUUGCCUCCUUAUCCCUCCACUCCUUGCAAACCCUAACCCACCCGCACGUUUUUCCCCACUCCCCCCCACGAUCUGGAUCGAGCGCUCAACGCGCUCGUCGCCCCCGACGCCCUGCGCUCGCCCAUCGCCGUCCAACGUCGCCCAAGGUCCCCGCUGGCGCCACCUCCUCACCCUCUUCCUCAACGGCCACCUCGUCGCCGCGCUCCCCGCCGGACUUCCUCCCCCCGCCGUCGAUGCCUCGUCCCCGUCCUCCACCUCGACACCCGCUACCAUUCUCCCUACAACCGCCGGUGAGGCAUUGCGCCUCCCCUUUUUCUCCCCGAGCCUCCACCGCCGCGUCAGCCUUGCGCUGUUCGCGCCCGCGCCGUACGCCCGUAGGCCGUCCACAGCGCACGCACGCGCCACGCCCGCCGCGGCCCUCUACUCGCCACGCCGCUCAGAGCGGCGCCUCGCCCUCCCCCCAUCUUUGUCGCGCUCCAGUGCCCACUCGUGGCCGCCGCCGCCCCUCGCCGUUCCCGCUUUGCUCCGCCUACUGCCACCACAGCCAUCCGCCCGCCCGCUCGUGACCCGACCUUCCUAUGCUGCCCGCACCCCCUCGGCCGUGCCUACGCGCUGCACCGUCCGCUCCACCUCGCACCGCGCCGCAGCCGCGUGCGCAUCCCCUGCCCUCCGCCCCUGCUCUGCUAUGGCUAGCUGCCGUCGCGCGCACCGCUACGGCGUCGCCCAACGCUCCUCCUGGCCCUCUCCCUGGCGCGGCUCCGCCGCACCGGUCCUGACGGCGACCACCCGCCAUGAGGCCGCCACCGGCCGCGGGCAUGGCCUCGCUGUCCCUGCGGGCGAGCGCCCUCUCGGCCUCCACUCCGCCCUGCCCCAUUAG